UGGGACAACUUUUUUUUUUGGGGACGUUAUAAUAAAGGUCGAAAAAUUGAGGCGAAGGAAGGAGGGAGAGAAGGAAGAUCUUGGCCCCCCCGGUGGAAUAAGGGGGUGAAGGUUUAUUGGGGCGCCCCCUAGGACCUCCCAUAUAUCCCACCCUAUUGGGGGACGCUCCCCCCCAGUCCACCCAGCCUCUCCCAUGGGGGCAGCCAGCUGCGAAGACGAAGAUCUGGAAUUCAAGCUUAUCUUUGGAGAAGAGGAGAAGGACCCCCCGGGAAUGGGGGUAUCGCUGGAAGACCUCGACGCUGAAGACCUCCCUCCGUGUUGCACCCUGGCCUUGGGUGACCCACCAGCCUAUGCCUCUCCCCUGGGCAUCCCCUGCCCGCCCCGCCUGGUCGGGGGCCCCCGGGCCGGCAUGCACUCCCCCCCGCCCCGCCCGGCACGGGAUGACACCUUCGAGAGCCAGCCAGCGCGGUGGGUGCGCCUGGGGGCUGACGCCCGCGUCUUAGAGUGCCCCAGCAUCCAGAUCACCACCAUUUCGCCCAGCGCCGACUGGGACUGCUCCCCACGUGACUACCUGCCCCUGGAAGCCCACGGCAGCUACCGGGAGGCCCCACCGGCCUCCGGCUUCUUCACCCCCAGCCCCGCCAGCAGUGGCAGCGCCUCCCCCUGGAGCUUCUUCUCGGACGAUGACGGGGCAGGCGGUGAUGACGUGGAGCGGGAAUUGAACGAAGCUGCCGCCCGCUUUGCCCUCAGCUCCCCCUGUGGUUCGCCCAAGCCCUGGGCCGGGCUGGAGGAGCCCUGGGGGCUGUACCCUGCUGGGCGGGGGACCGAGGAUGGCUGGGUGGCCCUGGCACCCCGCCCAGCCUCGCCCUGCGGCAAGCGGCGCUACUCUAGCUCGGAGACCCACUCCUCGGCCUCGCCCUGCCUCUCCCGCCGCGGCAGCCUGGGCGACGAGGGUGGCGGGGAGGGCGCGGAGGGGGCAGUUGGGGAGGGGCCACCCUACGAGGCUGCCGGGCAGCACCCCCCAGCUGAGAGCAUCCCACAGAAGGCCCGCAAGACCUCCACUGAGCAGACGGUGGCGCUGACGCGGAAGGAGGAGGGAUGCUGCAAUGGUGACGACGGGGGGUUUGGGGCGGCCCGCAAGGAGGGAAUGGACUAUCUGGCCGUGCCCUCCCCACUGGGCUGGUCCAAGGCCAGGAUCGGGGGCCACAGCCCCAUCUUCAGGUCAUCUGCUCUGCCUCCCUUAGACUGGCCCCUGCCCAGUCAGUAUGAACAAUACGAGCUGAAGAUCGAAGUCCAGCCCCGGACCCACCACCGGGCCCAUUACGAGACCGAGGGCAGCCGGGGUGCCGUGAAGGCUGCCCCAGGGGGUCAUCCUGUGGUGAAGCUCCUGGGCUACGACGAGAAGCCACUGACCCUGCAGAUGUUCAUCGGCACAGCCGAUGAGCGCAACCUGCGGCCCCAUGCCUUCUACCAGGUGCACCGCAUCACCGGCAAGAUGGUGGCCACCGCCAGCUACGAGACCAUCCUCAGCAGCACCAAGGUGCUGGAGAUGUCCCUGCUGCCCGAGAACAACAUGGCGGCCAACAUUGAUUGCGCAGGGAUCCUGAAGCUGCGGAACUCAGACAUCGAGCUGCGGAAAGGCGAGACCGACAUCGGGCGCAAGAACACCCGGGUCCGGCUGGUGUUCAGGGUCCACGUCCCCCAGGGCAAUGGGAAAGUUGUCUCCAUCCAAGCUGCCUCCGUGCCCAUCGAGUGCUCCCAGCGCUCAGCGCAGGAACUCCCCCUGGUGGAGAGGUGCAGCCUCAGCGCAGGGUUGGGGCGCGGGGGCGAGGAGAUGGUGCUAUCUGGCGCCAACUUCCUGCCCGACUCCAAGGUCGUCUUCAUUGAGAGGGGUCCCGAUGGGAAGCUCCAAUGGGAGGAGGAGGCCUGUAUCAACCGACUCAAGAGCAACGAGACCACGCUGACCCUCACAGUCCCAGAAUACAGCAACCCACAGGUGGCUCGGCCUGUCCAGGUCUAUUUCUACGUCUCCAAUGGGCGGCGGAAACGGAGCCCAACGCAGACCUUUAAAUACCUGCCUGUGAUCUUCAAGGAGGAACCACCCCCCUCCUCCCCACUCCGUGGCUUCCCCCCCGUUCCCUCCUCCCCGGUGCCCCCUUGCAGUCCCCCCUACCCCCCCGAGGGCCCUGGGGACAUGGACAUUUCUCCCAGUCGCCCCCACUUCCCCUGCUACCCUGAUGAUGCCCCCUACAGGGCUGGCUACGCCCCCUCCCCUGUGGCCUUUGGGAGCCGCUCCCCAUACCCUGACGGGCCCCCACUGCUCCCUUUGACACCCCCUUAUCAUCGCUGCCUGGCCACUGAGCCUUCUCACCGCUACCCACACACAGAGCAGUAUGGGGGGGCUGGGCUGACAGUGCCCUCCCACUUCCAUCCGUUGGGCUACCGGCCCCCACACUUCCAGGCCUCUUCCCAGCUCACCCCCCCACCACUGUCAGAGGGAGCCAGGCCCCCCAACUGGGGGGAUCCAGAGUCAGGGGAGACUGAGGAGGUGGAGAAACCCAGGGGCAGCGGAUACCGGGCGGCUUUCCGUGACAGCCUGCCUGUCCAGGGGAUCACGCUGGAGGAAGUGACCGAGAUCAUUGGCCGGGAUCUGAGUGACUUCCCGGAGCCACUCUGCGAGGGCAGAGGGAGCUGAGACCCUGGCUGCUCCCGGGUCCUUCCUGGCCUAGCCAAGCUCUGUCCAUCUCAUUUCUGUUCAUCUGUCCGUCCAAGCUCUCUGUCCAUCAGUCACACCUCCAAUCAUCCAUCCGUCCAAGUUCUCUGUCUGUCUGUCUCUGUCCAAGCUCUCUUUCCGUUGAUCGCAGCUCUGUCCAUCCAUCCUAACUCUCUGUCCACCUGUCCUAGUUCUUUCUUUCUACAUCAGGGAAGGAUGACUCUGAAGCCCCCACUCCUACCCCUACCUCCAAACCCCGGGUCUCCUCCUCCAAGUGCCCCUACCAUCUGGGCUUCACAACAUAUGCCAGCUGUAGGGUGAGGGGGGCCCCCAGACUAUCACCCCCAUUCUCCACCUCCCUCCUGGAGCCAUUUACCUAUUGGGCAAAAAUACCCAACCAGGGGAAGGGGGAUAUUCCUAUUCCCUCUGUGUAAGCCCCCCCCCCAAUCACCUCAGCAAUGUGGGAGGGGGGCAGAUGUGGCUAAUGGUGGGGAAGGGGGGGAGUUUGAGCCAUCAGAUUUUGCAGGGUAUACGAAACACACACACACACACACACGGUAAAGUAACUCUCCAAUGGGGGGGAGGAGGUUCCACCCCAUGGUGUCACAUGGAAGCCCCUUCCCUAGAUCUCCCUCCCCCACCCCAUGGGGACAAGAAGGCAUUAAUGAAUACAGUGGUAUUGUUGGGGGUAUGGGGAGGGGAGUAUCUGUGAUAAUAUCCAGUUUUAUACCAUUUAUUUUUUUCUCCUUUUCUUUGAAU